ACAUAUUGUUUUAAGUUUAGGGCGCCGUGUUCGAAACUGCUUUGCCCUAAUUUAUGGGGCAACACACUGUAGUUAUUCUCUGACUACUGUGGAUUAUCAUUGUGUGGACGAAGAACAACCAAAGGUAUCCCAUCAACUGCCAUGGCACUCAAAAGUAAUUACACACUUUAUCAGCUAGAUGUCAAACCAAAGGGCAGUGUAUGUGUUGAGUAUUUACGCGAUCCAGCUCUGGUAUGAAGCAGUUCUACGCGUAAACAUGAAUAAACAACACGGAUACGAACUCCAGCUUGAGGCAUCAAACACUGACAAACCCAAGAAAUCUCAUGCGCUCCUUGUGGUAGGGAUAGCUAUGUUAGGAACAGGGUUAAUCGUAGUGGUGGUAGGAUGUGUGUUUAUCGCCCAAUCGUCUGUCUGUGAGCAGAAGGACGAGCUUUACUCUGCCCCUUGUGAGUUUUCCCCAGAGGCGACACGUGCAGGCUUGCCGCAGUUACUUGAAGAAAUCAAGGAGGAGUUUUUUAAACAUAACCAGAAUUCCGUGGCCUGGAAACCUGAUCUCGUCGGAGUGGAGCUAACAGAUUAUGUGAAGACGCGGUAUGCACCGUACGACCCGACACCCUUGGUGAUACAGGAAAGGACCGAUGCAUCUCUUGCUCUGCUGAAAAAGUUCAAGAAUCUGAAUGUGAACCAGGACUUGCUGAAGCCACGAGAAAGCAAAGUCAUCGAACAGGCUUCCCAUUUCCUCAAGCAUUCGUUUGGUGUCCCAUAUGAUGGGAAUUACUACGCGGGGGACUGGUUACUAGGACCCAACUACUUCUGUUGGCAGCCUAUCUGUUACCUUGACUACGAUAUUAACGCCUACGCACAUCACGCGGUUCCGCGGUCUUACGAUGACAUGCAGAAAGUCAUCGAUGUUAUUACCAAUCACAAGGCGAUCUUUGAAAGAUACAGACAGAAUAUGGAGCUUGGUGUUCGCGCGGGCAUGGUCCGCUCCUCGACAGACUGUGCCGCUGGUGCGCAUGCGUUUAAGGACCGUUAUCGCGGGCUCGUGAUGAGGGGGAGAGCCUCGGCUGCAUUGGAUGAGUUUUACGGGAAAACCCUCACGAGUUCAGGGUUCCUGGAAAAUCUAGAAAAGGGCGUGGCCGAGCGGUGGCGGAAGGAGAAAAAUGUCAGUGUCAAUCAGUCUGUGAAGGACGCUUUACUACAAGGGUUCGCUCAGCCGCUCCUGGACUUCAUCCAUUUCCUGGAUCACGUACAUAGUCGGCACUGCCCGCCAGACUCGGUGACCAGCGGUCUCAGCGAGCUGCCGCUGCCUUAUGUGUGGUUUGAUGACCGCCCAAACAAGUCCCAGGCUACAACGGGCAAGCUUCCCACAGGGGAACCGCUUGAUGGGAAGCAGACUUACCGCCGCAUCCUUUCGUUCUUCACCACGACUGACAUCUCACCCGAGGAGAUCUACUACGAGGGCAAACAGCAGCUAGAGAUCUUCAUGCCACAGGUAAUCAAUAUUGCUAAGGAGAUCACUAAAAUCUCAAACGAGACCGCUGCUAUCCCAGCAUUCCAGGCGCUCCUCGAUGCACGUGAUCAGUGGCAUAAUAACAUGUCCUUCCCCCCAAACGAGAGCGAUGCGCACGCCUACCGCACGUGCGUGGAUGACGCAAGCGCGCGCGUGUUUUGUCCACGCAGAUGGGAGGCGAUGCGUGCAUGGUGUGACUAUAUAAUGGAGGUGAUGGCGUUGAUCGAGCCAAAGAUCGCGCGCUUGUUCUACUUCACGGGAAUAAAAGCCACGACCGCGAACUGUCCGAUUGAGAUGCAGCCUCAUUACAAUCCUGCAAAUGGCGCUAUGUAUUUCGCCCCUAGUGAUGGUAACUGCACAAAGCCUACCCACUUUGGUAUGCCUUUCUUUUUGAAAGAGUAUGGCCCGAAAUUUCAAGAGUGGUCGGUUACCGGACAUGAGGCUCGGCCCGGACACCACAUCCAGAUGCAGGGGCUAAAAGAGCAUUUCCGGGAUGCCUGUGGUGGGGUAAUGCGUUGGUUGGACAAGCAGAUGUCAUUUAUUGCUUUCCAAGAGGGUUGGGCAUUAUACGCAGAGAAUCCGAUUCUCUCACAUGAUACGAACUUGUAUGAAGACAACGUACUACAAAGAUAUGGCAUGCUCAAGUGGCAGGUGUGGCGGGCAGUUCGACUUGUAGUCGACACUGGACUUCAUUAUCGCGGGAUGAAAAGGUCUGAAGCAUUGGAACAUUUUUCGAAAUUCACUUGGGAUAGGACGGAUUUCGCGGUGAAGGAGGUCACUCGUUACCAGUCUGAUCCCGGCCAAGCUACCGCCUAUAUGCUUGGGAGACUGGAGAUUAUCAAGCAAAGGAAAAAGGCCGAGUGGGAAUUGGGUCCGAGAUUUGAUUUGCGUGACUUUCAUUACCAGGUCCUCUCGCAGGGCUCGGCACCACUCACUCACCUGCGUGCGCAUAUCGAUCGCUACAUACGAUGUGUCAAGGGACAGAUACGGAAUCCGAUCUGCAGUUUGAUUCUGAAAACGUCGACGAGAUGGCGCGAGAGUGAGGAUGUUAAAUCCGUGGACGACGAAUCAAGACCCCCCUUGCCCCAACGAAAACUUUGGGUUUAGGAGCUGUCUUGGCGAAACAGAACUGUCUUGACGAAAUAGCGGCGUGCCGCGCAAUUGUUAGCGAAUUGUUUUUGGCGCACGUGAAAUACUGGAAAUACUGAAGGCGAUUAGGAAAUCUGUCCUAGAACUGCGAGCAAUAAAGCAAAUUGCGCCACAGGGA